GUCGAAGUCAAACCGGAAAAGCCGAUACAAUUAGAGCUGCUACUUUCGAGACUACUCUUCAAUCUGAUCGUCUUAAUAAACCAAACCAGAACCACCUCAAGACUCAAGAAACUCAUGAAACAAUGCCCAGAAGUAAUAUGAUCGAUACACCAAAAAACCUUCAUACCAUUAUGCUUCAGGCCUAA